AGACGCUGGAAAGCCGUGAACGCUUUGUGAUCGAAUAGCUGCGGUGUGAUAGACGGUAUUGUCAAGUUAGCAGCAGUCUAAUUAUCCUUAAGACUGGCGAGUUUCUUCUGUUUUUUGUUUCGUGAUGGAGUGUGCCUUGGGUUUCGAGCUUGCAGUGUUCAGCUUGCUGAUCCAUCCUGUGGUCAACGUUGAUACGCAGCACUCGCACCAGAAUCCUUUGCUGACGCCUUUGCUGAAAUCGCAACCUGAGCAUAGCCAUGAUGUCCCUUCUUCAAUUGGGAAAACCUGUACUACUUCGUCAUAUGGUCCAGGAACGUGUCUCGUACCUUCUUUAUGUGGUGCAUGGUUCGGGGUUUUCUCCGGGAAUCCUGAUUUCAAAUGCGAAACGGACUCCGGAAAAGAAGGGAUCUGUUGUCCACUAGGUGAUCCAAAUCUGAAAAGUAAUGUAAUCGAAGUAUUCGGUGACGAACCGGUUCUUCGGAACAAUUUCGACAUUAGGAAAGUUGAAAAGGUUGAACUGAAUGAAGCCAGCGAGAAAGCUGCGGUCGAGUUUCGUCGAAUGCAGGAGCGUGCUGAAGCAUUGAUUCGAAAAGGUUUCAGACUCAAUGGAACUGAGCCGUCUAGUUUUCACGCCACUUUUUUCCGUAGGAGGAACCCGGAAACUCUGGCGGAAGGAGAACGAGCUUUCAGGUCAAUUCUUGCAGCCACAAACGUGGCAAAACGGUUAAACUUGUCGCCGAACGAAGCUGGUAUUGGUUUACGUCAGUUCAGCCUGAUCGAAACGUCGUUGGCUGACGUGUGCCGUGGAAAUGUCACGUGUGAUCCUGAUGCAUUUUUUCGUACUUUCGACGCCUCUUGCACGAACCUUGAAUUUCCGGACUGGGGAAGGACCAACACUCCUUUCAAUCGGGCUUUGUUUCCUGUUUAUGAAGAUGGUAUUUUCACGCCAAGAGUGAAAUCAGCGAAUGGGAACCCUCUUCCGAGUGCAAGAAAAAUUUCGGCAGCUUUCAUCCCAGAAAGGAACAGGCCACUGAAUGGGAUUACGUUGCUGACUGUGGUUUUCGGUCAAUUUGUCGACCACGAUAUCACCUUGGGAGCCAUUUUCAGUGGGCCAAAUAAUGCCAUGAUAUCCUGUUGCACUGAAGAUAAUCGCUUAAUUCGAGACCCGAACUUUUUGCAUCAUGCCUGUUUUCCAAUUCCCGUUCCUCUGGACGAUCCGUUUUAUGCACAGUUUAAUGUCGAGUGUCUGAAUUUUGUGCGAGCUUUGCCUGCGCAGAAUGUGAGGUGCACUUCCGGGUUUGCGCAACAGAUCAACCAGAUCAAUCAUGUCUUGGACGCAUCUGUGAUUUAUGGGUCAUCUGAAGCUGAGGCAAAACUUAUUAGAGGACCUGGUGGAAAAAUGUUGGUUACAGAAGUUGCUGGUUGGGAUGAAGUUCUGCUUCCUCAAGAUCGUACUCCCGACGAGGAAGAAUGUGGCAAUCCUGAAAUCGGGGAAUUUUGCUUCAGAGCUGGUGAAGGAAGAGUGAAUGAGCAAAUAGUGUUGACCAUUGUUCACACGUUGUUCAUCCGGGAACACAACCGAAUCGUGGACGAGUUGAAAAGAAUCAAUCCAAAAUGGGAUUCGGAUCGUUUGUAUUUUGAGACGAGACGGAUCGUGAAUGCACAACUGCAGCACAUAAUCUACAAUGAAUGGCUCCCACUGAUCAUAGGAGCUAAAGCCAUGUUUGAAUUGGGAAUCACGCCCUUGGUACAAGGUUUCUCGGACUUGUUUGAUGAUUCCGUGAACCCGACUUCAUCUUCAGAAUUUGUUAUUGCGUUUCGAUUCGGCCACACGCUUCUCCAGGGAAAUUAUGAGUUGUUGAGUGAGCGCUUGUCGAUAGUGCAAGACAUCCCCUUGAGGCUAGUGCAGAAUAACCCCGUGGCAUUGUACAGAAAGGGGGUUCUGGAAGGUCUCCUCAGAGGACUGGUGACAGAAAAGAGCCAGACUUUCGACAACAGUUUCACUGAUGCCGUUCAAAAUUUCCUGUUCGCCAUGGAUAAGCCAUUCGGGUUGGAUCUGAUAGCAUUGAAUAUCCAAAGGGGAAGGGACCAUGCGCUGCCGCCCUACAACGCAUAUCGAGAGUUUUGUCAUCGGGACAAGGCCAAAAGUUUCGAGGACUUGCUGGACAGUAUGUCGCCUGAGGCCGUGGAGGUGCUGAAGAGAGCGUACGACAGCGUGGACGACAUCGAUUUCUUCAUAGGCGGGGUGUCUGAGAAUCCCGUGCCUGGGGCCAUCGUGGGACCGACUUUCGUGUGCAUUAUCGGCGAUUACUUUGCCAGGGCCAAGAAGGGCGACAGGUUCUUCUACGACCUGGGCAACCAACGACAUUCCUUCACGCCAGCACAAUUGAACGAACUGCGUAAAGUGACGAUGGCGAGGAUUAUUUGCAACAACGUGAAGCGGAUUCGGUUCCUGCAGCCGUUGGUUUUUUACGAGGCGUCGAACGUCAACAACAUCGUUGCAUGCGACAGCUAUGAAAUCCCGGUGAUGAACAUCGAGCCUUGGCUUGAGUUCUGAAUCCGCUCCAAAUCAGAUGAUUUUUCUGGAAAAUUCGUGAAACUGAAAACGCAUCGGGUCAGUGUGAGUGCAACACGAUUUAGUGUAUUUCUUUGUGUGCAAUGUUGCAUUUAUGAGAAGGGCGAAAUCUCUGAAGAAUGUUGGCAGAGGUUGUGAUGAUGCUGUGUGUGGAUUUUGUUGAACAAAAAAAAAAAUGUGCAGUGUAUCGAAUUUUUUCAGUUGUUAUGAAUUUUAUGCGAAGAAUGUUGAUCAACCUUUUUAGGAAGAAAUUUUUUUUUUCUGAUUUCAAUCAUGAUUUUUGUGGAAGAUCGGAAUCAAAGAAAAAAUGUUGACUGUGGUUGUGAUGAUGCUGUGUGCGAAUUUUUUAAAAAAAAAGAAGAAAAAUAUGUACAUUGGAUCAGUUCCGAAUGUGUUUUGGCUUUUAUGCAAAAUAUUUGAAACCCAUUUUAUUCAUCUACCUUUUGCGAGGAUUCCCUCUUUUUUUCUGAUUUUAAUCAUGAUAUUUUCUUUGGAAAGGGUUGAAUCUGUGAAGAAUGUUGGUAGAGGUUGUGAUGAUGCUGUGUGUUGAUCUUGUUGAUGAAAAAUAAACCUUGCUGAUUCAGAA